CGGAUUUUUCAGGAUGUGGGGACUGUUUGUUUACGAGUCCAAUCAAAUUCCGAGCCAUGGAUAUCAGAAAAACCUGAACCCGAACGGAGAUCAGAAACUGACCACCGACGCCGUUUCUUCUCUAUACAUUCUUUGUUCCAAUGGCGGCGAUCAUAAACUCCAAUUCAUUUAUCUUAACCACCGCCCCAAACGCCCGGCGAAGCUUCAAGAGCCACCGGAGACAGUUCGCCGUCUACGCCAAAAGUUCUGGAACAUUCUCUUCGUUUCGCUUGGGGAAAUCGAGCAAUGAAUCGCCGUCGUCCGAUGACGCUCCGGCUGAAGAUUCCGCUAAUUCGAAUCCGUUUCGUUUCGCUUUUGGAAAGGUACCGGAUGUGAAGUCUCUGAUUCCAGUCGUUGGCGAGCCUUCGUCGGGUUUGUCGUUCGGGAACGCGAGGCGUAAGGAUUCUAACACGGUGUUUGUCGCUGGUGCUACUGGUCAGGCUGGCAUUCGGUUAGCGCAGACGCUGUUGCGAGAAGGUUUCAGUGUUCGUGCUGGUGUGCCGGAGCUUGGUGCUGCGCAAGAAUUGGCUCGUCUUGCUGCCAAGUAUAAGGUCAUAUCGAAUGAAGAAUCAAAGCGGCUAAACGCCGUUGAAUCCUCCUUUCAAGACGCGGAAGCGAUUGCCAAGGCGAUCGGAAACGCCAGUAAAGUGGUUGUCACUAUUGGCGCAGGAGAAAAUGGUCCAACCUCCGAAGUUACCACAUCGGACGCUUUGCAAGUAAUUCAGGCAGCGCAGCUCGCCGGAGUAAGCCAUGUAGCAAUUGUCUACGACGGCAAUGCAUCAAGCUCCUCCACCUACAAUGUACUUGACGGCCUUUCUUCAUUCUUCAACAAUCUUUUCUCCCGAUCUCAGCCGUUGUCCGUGGUGGAGCUCUUGCAGAAAAUAGCCGAAACUGACGUCGGUUAUACUUUCAUCAAGACGAAUUUGGUCGAAGACUUUGCGCCUGAGCGGGCCUAUAAUGUUGUCGUCGGAGCUGAAGGAAGCGUUAGUUCAAACGACUACAAAGUGGCAAAGUCACAGAUAGCAUCGUUGGUGGCCGGCGUUUUCUCGAACACGGCGGUGGCCGAGAACAAGGUUGUGGAAGUGUAUUCUAGUCCAUCUGCACCCUCAAGCUCAGUAGAUCAACUUUUCAGUGCCAUUCCCACGGAUGGUAGAAGACAAGCUUAUGCAGAAGCACAAGCCAAGGCAAAAGCAGAGGAAGAAGCCAUAAGAACAGCUGAAAAAGCUCGUGAAGAAGCAGAAGCCGCAAAGAAACAGGAAGUGGAAGCUGCUAAAGCCAAAAGACUCUCAGAAAAGGUAGCCGCCCAAGCUUCUCCUUCUUCUUCUUCUUCUCUUACAGAAGAAUCCCAAAAGCAAGAAUCAGAUCAAAUCGCUUUCUUUAAUUCCUUCUUGAACAAAGCCAAGGAUUUCAGUUCAGAACAAUCCCAAAAGCUCAAAAAGCUUUCAGAAAAGGAACCUCGACCAGCCAAAGAAGAGGCCCCAGAAAAGGCUGACAAUGGAGCCAAUUUAGUGAACGACUUUUUCAACAAAGCGAAGGGCUUUGGCUCGGCACAGCCAUGGGAGAAACUAGCUUUUCAACUACCAAAAGCAUCUGAGGAAUCAAAUGCUCAAAUAGCCACAGUGAGAGGACAAGCCAAAGCUCGAGCAUUGCCACCGAAGAAAGCAUCGGUAAGACAAACACAAAAGACCAAUUCAAAGCCUUCUUUUGCUCUGAAGCAGAAAGAAAACUCAAAGCCUAAAGCAGCAGCCAAAGAGGAGACAAAAGCAGAGGUAAGGAAAGUUUUUGGUGGUCUCUUUAAGCAAGAAACCAUAUAUGUUGAUGAUGAUUAGGAAGAAUAUUGUUUCUCUGACUUUCUAUGGCUGAUUGAACUCUUUGAAGAUCUUAUUUUAUUUUGUGUAUUUAAAUUGUAAUCUAUAUAUGUAUCUGUUUUUAUGAGGGUUGGUUACUUGGUUUUACAAGAUCCUGCAAAGAAUAUGUGAGCUUCUUGUGUGAUUGUGACGUUCACAAUUGUUUUUGGCAAUUGAGAAGCAAAUUAUUCAAAAAUGAAUUAAA